AGAAAUCAGUAGAAGUUCAGGAGAUCGGUUGAAGUUCAGAAGAUUGGUGGAAGUUCGGAAAACCAGUGAAACGUUGAAAAAGAAAUUGUGGAGUUUCCCGUUUUGCGGCUGCUGCGAGUUCUGAAAUGCCGACUCUGUUAGUCCUGAUCUUAAUGACCUUCAGCUCUGUCCACUCACAGCCGGCAGGUUUUCAUCGAUUCGGCCUGCUGCAGGCGUGCGACGGGACCAACGCUGAUUUCUCUGUUGUGUACGACGGAGAAAAGCUUGUCUACUAUGAUUACGAAAACCAGCGAACUGUCCUGACGUUGCCGGACUUCGCAGAUCCAGUCGAGGCCCCUGAUCUGUCCAAACCAGCUCUCAGAGGAGCAAACGUUUGCAGGCAGGCAUUAGCCGUGUUAAACGAGGCCUAUAUGAACCCACCUGAAGAGCUGGAACCUCCCUGGACCUCCAUCUACCCGAAAAGCGACGUGAAGCUGAAGACGAGGAACACACUCGUCUGUCACGUGACUGACUUUUUCCCGCCGCCGGUCGGAGUGUCCUGGACCAAGAAUGACCUGAACGUGACGGGGGGCGCGUCCCUGAGCCCGUACUACCAGAACAGUGACGGGACGUUAAGCGUGUUCUCCACACUGAGCUUCACUCCAGAGGAAGGAGAUGUUUACAGCUGUACAGUGGAGCAUCGCGCGCUGGAGCGGCCGCAGACCAGGAUAUGGGAUGUUCAGCUCGAGCAGUGGAGUGUGUUUCCCUCUGCAGUGUGUGUGGUCGGGGUGUGUCUCGGUGUGAUCGGAGCAGCUGCUGGAAUUUUCCUGGUCUUCAGAGCGAACGCCCUCUGCAGCUGAGUCACACUGGACGCUCUGGUGAGCCUGAUGGACCGCGUUCUCUCCGUACUGGACGCGGCGGAGAACCUUACAGCAGCGGCGCCGAGAGAGACUCUCACUGUACAGCGUCUUUAAGGUCCUUACCCAGUUUCUCCCCCAAAAUACGGCGCUCGUCUCUGAUUGGACAGAACUUGAAGAGCCUGUUCUCGUGUUCUACGUGUGUUCUAUAGAGCACCAAGAAGGGUUCUGCUAUAUUAAGCUUGGAAAAUUGGAAGAACCCCUUUAGUGACAUAUAGAGCCAUAUACAACACAUUGUCCCUCAACGUAAAGAACCCUUGAAGCAUUUAAACGGUUCUAUAUAAAAUUCAUGGUCCUAUGUAGAACCAUUCCGUUUACUCAAGAACCCUUGAAGAACCCUCUUUUUGAGAGCGAUCUCGGUGCAUGAAAACGUCUUAAAUCUAGUCGAUGUAUUUAAUGUUUCUAAUUAUGACAUAUCAUAUAAAUCAUCAGAUUAUUCCACCGUUUCAAUAUGAUUUUACUCGUUUUUCCUCAAUUAUAUCCCGUUAAAGUGUCUUAUUCCACUGGCAGAUCAUUCCCUGCAAUUAUCCAUGUCAGUUCUCAAACCAAGAACACGAUCCGCCAAAGGAAUAAGACACUUAUAAAAUUAUUCGCCUUAUAAAAUGACUCAAAACAAGUAAAAAUAAGUCCGACCAUCUUAUAAUAUACUUACAACCAUCUGGAAAACAGAGAAAUUAGAUAUAUUGUGUGCGGGUUCUGUGUGUUCUGAUGCUUUUGUACAGUAAAUGCUAAAGUUAGUGGUAUUGAUGCAGGAAACACUGAAGUAGCGAAGGUUUAAAACCGGGGAGUUUACAGCCGUUCGCACCCGGUAACCCUGUACAGUGGAACUCUUACUCUGCUCUGCCUCCCACACUACAAGUUACUGUACAAACUCUGUAUAAAUACCGAGGAAAAAAAACCAGCAGAAGAGUGAGAUAAACAUAUAUACAUAUAGAUAGCGCUGCUGUGGAUAUCUAGAUUUAUUAUAUAUAUGAUAUAUAGAUUCUGCUGGAAUCUCCAAAAUAGUGACUUUACAGGAGAAGGAAAAA